UUUACUGCUUUAAUGAUUGACCGCUUUAUUUCCUAUCCGUCUAAAGAGUUCGCUUCGUAUGCAUCCGUCCAAAGUACAAUCCGAGAUGAAACUAGCAGUCGCAGACAGAAAAACCCGCAGUCACACGCGACAUUCAGCCUCUAGCGUAAAACAUCAGAUUGAACCAUCAGUGGAUUGAAUCAUCGCUCCAGCUCCGUAUCCGUUAUAUUAUAUGAUGCAGUAUAUAAACAUGGCGGUUUAUCAAAACGCACCUGAUCGAAAACCUUUUCUGUAUGUAGAUGUCAUGUCGUAGUCCUAUCAUAUCUCAGUGAAAGGUAAAAGACAAAGCGACGUCUUAUUGCCGUGCUUAAUUUAUACUUUUAUAUUAUUUAUACAAUCUUAUCUUUAUCCACAAAAAAUCUAACACAAAAUGUCACAACCGGACACUGGAGUGAAUUAAUUCAUCCAUCCAUCCCAGAGAAAAACAUCAGAGGAAAAUGGGAUACAAGAUCCCAGGAGCCGCCAUGGAUCGUGUUAGCCUACUUUGGCGGUUGCGGCGUCGUGCCCGUCGAGGGGCCCUGUGCAUGGCACUGUUUUGCAUGACUAUGGCUCUCCUCUAUACGUUUUGUGCUGAAAACAGCAUACCCGUCACAGAUGCCAUUUUCGGGGUGAAAGCGAGAACUCGAGCUCAACCAAGGGCACAUUCUAUUGUUAAGGUAUUGCGGGGAACAGGGGGGUCGAAGCCAAUUUAUACAGACCCUCAAAAGCUCCCUGGUGUCAUUCCUGGAGAUCCUCAAAAGCCAAUUCCUGUCUUGUCAUCUUCCAACUACUCUAUGGAGAGCAGUAAUAAAGAACGCAACCUCAUGGGCAAAAAAAGAGAUCAUGGGGUAUUUUACUGGCUUCUCGCUCAACCAUUAAGACGUGCUGUAGAGACAAUUUUUGGAGGAAGACGCAAAGGAAAUACGGGUGUUGCAGGUGGGGAUGCAGUUUUUUUCGGGCCUGAUGGGGCACUCGGAGAGGUCUGGAAUGAAGAGAUGUCAACCGCUAUGCUGGGCAAAAGGCUGAGGAAGGUGGUACAGAACUAUCAGGCAAUGAAUAAAUAUGGGGUUCAGUACUCUGGAGCCCAUCAUUCUAAACUGAGUAGACCUCAACUUCUGUGUCAGAUCAAAGAGAUGGUAAAAAUUACAACUUUAACACAAGACAUGGAGCCAUUUGCUGGGCUUCCAUGGGUCUCACAGUUACCUCAAAGCCAAUUUACCUCUGAUAUCGGCCCGUUCAAAACCUGUGCGGUGGUAUCAUCUGCUGGAUCUCUCCGAAAUUCUGGAUUAGGAAAAGAAAUUGAUGCACAUGAUGCGGUCAUACGGUUUAAUGCUGCACCAACAACAGGAUAUGAAAAAGAUGUGGGCUAUAAAACAACACUGCGUUUGAUCAAUUCUCAGGUAAUGGCAUCAGAAGAUCACCAUUUCCUAUCAAGUUCUUUGUACAGUGCAGGGAUUUUAGUAAGCUGGGAUCCUGCUCCUUACUCAUCUGAUCUGCGAGAGUGGUACAAUAAGACAGAUUACCCGAUAUUUAAACAGUAUCAACGAUAUCGACGCUUACACCCUCAACAACCAUUUUAUAUUCUGCAUCCACGAACGGAAUGGCAGCUGUGGCAGCGAAUACAAGACAACAUGGGCGAGCCAAUACAAAGAAACCCACCCUCAUCAGGCCUGUUGGGCACUGUUUUAAUGAUGUCUCUUUGUGAAGUCGUACACGUGUACGAGUUCCUGCCAUCUAGACGUAAAACUGAACUCUGCCACUAUUACCAACGCUUCAGUGAUGCUGCCUGCACCUUAGGUGCCUACCAUCCAUUACUGUAUGAGAAGAACCUGGUAAAGAGAAUGAACCAGGGCUCGGACCGAGACAUCUAUACACGUGGCAGGGUAACUCUACCCGGGUUAAUGACACUUAACUGCACUCAUGGCUCCAUGUCCAGCACACUGUCAAAGACAUAAUCAGAGUGUGGAUAUGUUUUCUGGACACUUUUAGAAUGUAAACUGCAUGAUUACUACACAAGUGACAUCAGAUCUGGUUGCCGAGAACGACCAGGAGGCAAUUCACUGGUGGCACUAUGCCUAAAACGAAGGUGGUAAAUGAAAUUAAGGCAGACACCACUAAAAUUUUCCAUUAGCACCAAGUUGCUAAAUAAAGCAGUGACCCCUUCCAGUUCCUUACAGUAUGUGUUAAAGCUACCAUCCACCAUUUCUUUACCAACUUCUCUGGUUACCAUAUGUACAGUAUUCCUUUACAUGUAAUGGUAAGUUCAUUAAUACUGUUUGCUGUUAAAAAAAGAUCUCACUUUAAAUAAAUAAAUAAAUAAAGCUCUUACUUUAAGAGUAAAAAGUAAGACAAAACUCAACGCACAAAGCUACCCUGCCGCUUUCAUAAUGUGCAGGCUUUCAAUGCAUACAGCUGCAAUCCUAACAACACAUACUUAUAGCACUGUUACAUGAUUUACAAAAAAAAUAGACAACACAACCAAAUAACAUACAAAGGUCCUGUUUUUCCUGAUUCCAUUUUUCAAACUUUAGUUAGUGUGUAAUGUUGCUUUUAGUGCAUAAAAAUACCCAUAAAAUGAUAAAGCUCAAAGUUCACUGCCAGGCGAUAUAUUUUCUUUAACAGAAUUCCCCAUUUAAAGCCUAUAGCGAAUGGCCGGUUUGGACUACAGCCCUCUACUUUAAUGACGUCAUUAUAAGAGUUUUUGACUAAAAUUAGAAAUACGUCAGUCACCAGUUAGGCUCAAACAGUUCUGGCUAAGCUAAAAUGUUGUCGAAUCACAACACACUAAACAAAACUACACAAUCUGAAAUCGUUACGUAUUUCUGAAGGAGGGACUACAUAGAACAAGGAAGACAUCAGCCUGUUUUUAGGAUAGUGAAAACAGCGAUAUACAGAUCCUGUUUUUACACACAAAACAUGAACACAUGUUAUAUUGCACACCAUAAAUGCAAUCAUAUCUUAAAAACACAGGAAAAACAGGACCUUUAAGCUUUAUACUGCUUUAAAGCUAUAAAGAAAGCAAUAUUUCCAACUAAGCUUAGAGAACGGUAUGCAUUUAAUAAUUAAACUGUAACAUGCUUUACAUCAUAGCACCAGUCAUAGGACUGUUCUUGCAUGCCUUCCUGAAACUACAUAUAGCUUUGGUAAACUUGUAUUCAGUUGUAUUUAUAUUUUUGAUGAUAAAAAGUUCAGUAUGGGAAAAAAAACAAAUGCAUGUUUGUUCUCUUUUACUAAAAAUGUUAUUUGAAUUUAACCACUAAUCACAUAAGCACACAUGAUAUCUCUUUAUUCUACUUCAUAUUUACAAUGAUCAACUAAAACCCAUCUUACCCUUUAACAAUCUGACUUCAUUCUGGUAUGAAAUGCCCUCGCUUAACAAUCAAAUCGAUUACUGAUGAAAGUCAGAUCCUGCCCUACAUUUUUCGUUCAAUAUUUUGUUUCACUCCAAAAUAUAUCAGAUUAUGGAAGUAAACAAGGCUGCAAAUAAUGUCUUUAAAACUCAAAAUUAUUUUCCAUAAACUGAUAUAAAUAUAUAUAAAUUCUUCAUAUUUUUAUAAAGAAACAAACUUGAUAUGCAACUUGUAGCAAAUCACAGAUUACUGUAAUGACUUCUAAACAAGUAUAAUGUUUUUCCCAUAUGUUUUAUAACAUCCUGUUUAUGAUAGAAUGUAGUUGUGUUUCUUGUAAAUUAACUUAGUUAUUGAAUGUACCUUAACAGUUCAACCAAUUUAACUCAAAUGAACACUGGACUAUGCAUACUGAACUGUCCAAUGUAUCUUAGUUUUGUAUUGUAUUUUAUCUAUUACAAGGGUAGUUUUAGUAAUUUAGUCAUUUUAAUCUUCCUGUCAGCAUUAAAUUAUUUUUAUGUUUACAGUCUAUGGGCCAUUCACAUUUCGCGUCUAAGGUUGCAUUUACACUUCAAAUCUUAACUUCCUAAUACUUGGCUUUAAUGCUCUUAAUUUUGCGCUGGCAUUGCAGCCACGUGUAACUCCUCCAUACUUCAGGUGCGAAAUGAUGACGGUCAGCGCAAUCCGUCGUGGAACACUGACAUCAUAAUCAAGCUGAAUCGUAUAUGUGUGUUUAGAUGCAGUUCGGAUGUUUGGAUAUCGGAUAUGUAUUUAAUAAAAAUCCACAUUUGGAAGUGGCUCAGAUCGGAUAGGAAAAAAAUCUGAUCUCUGUAAGUUUUUUUGUGUUUACACACGUGCAGCAAUAUCGAACUGUGUCAGAUGUGAGCACUAAUUUCCAAUUUUUUGUGCCAGUGUAAAUGCAGCCUAAAACGUGCCAAAAACACGUCCUAAACGCUUUCCUCCUUCACAAAGCGAUUGGGUGCUUGCGCUCCUGUAGCGUCUGCCGUUGCUAAGCAACCAUGAGCCGCAUUCUCCAUAGAUUCAAGGUACGUUCCAUUCGACAGGAUCCCUACAGCCCUGCUGUAACUUUCAUGCAAAUAUGAAAGUAAACUUUUAUUUGGUUAACUAUGUGUAUAUAUAGGGUGCAGGGCCCUUUGAACUAAACAUGUUCGCUCCCUUUGAAUUGGAAUCUCACUUAAGAUGGUGGAAUACCCUUGAAGUCCACUUCGCAGUCCACUUACGGUCGAAUGGAACGCACCUUGCGUCUCCAUGCAUUGUUUCUUUUGUUUGUGUCAUAAUAAUAGCGGCUUGACAGAUCGUACAGCUCUGGGAAAUCCUGUACAAUCUUGAGAUUAUUUAGAAUGUUUACAUGAUAUGAUGUUGAUGCGUAAAGGUUGAAGCUGAUUGAUUGGUUCUUGUCACAUGACCUACAGUGUGGACACGGCAUUAUGAAAAGUUGAAAUAUUUUUAACACGCUGCAGGCCUCCAACGCACCUGAAAAAAAGCGUGUCGCUCCUUGUUUGAGCAUGCUUACUGCUAGAUAAUAAAAAACAAACUGGCACGCACAAAAGACACUAAAUGUGAAUGGCCCCUAUGGUGAAAAUUUGUACAUACUACUGUGAAAGUAAAGCUGAACUUUUUGUUUAUGGAUAAAGUGUUUUAUUUGGGUGCAUGUAACUUACAAAAGUAGCUAUUCACACUUUGUUGCAAGGUUACUGGAACACUUAUGGAUUACUCCUAAAUCCUGAUACAUGGAUCACAUGUUUAUGUUAACUGUAUAGGUGACAGGUACUGUUCUCUAAUAAUGAAAUUAUAGAUUUUUCAAUAUAUGAAGGGGUCUUUUUGCUCUCUUCAUGUCUAGAGUUGUGUUAUCUUGCUGGUGUAAUGAUGUAAAGAGACUUUGAUCUCUUAAAUCUCAAAUGAAACCUUUGCUAAAUAGUCACAAAAUGGAAAUGUUUGACUAAUUCAUAAUGUUUAACUAAAAAGCUGAAAAAAAACAACGUUUCAUACAAUUUUAUGUAUUUGGUAAAGACAAUUUAUAAAUCAGGCAAUCUGUGUCCACGGCACCUCCUCUGUUGACUGCUGUGAGGUCCACAUCACAGCCACAUAACACAAACAAUUAAGAGCACAAGGUCUGCAGCAUUAUGUAUUAUUUCAAUUUAAUGAUGCAAGCCUCUGAUGCCCCACCUACAUUUUAAGCCAGAUUUUAUUGUCAUGGGUUCAGUGGGUUUCUGUGCAUAAGCUAUGCUAUAUAUGAACUAAACACAAAUUUUCUUUCAUAAAACUGAAUGUGAAUAGGAAAAAUCAAUAGAACUCAGCAUGUAUAUAUUCUUAGAUGACACUGUACUGCUCCUUGUAGAUUUGAAAAUGAGUGUACUAUUGUCUGUUAUAUGCACUUCAUGGCACAGCACUACAAGGAUUAGCAGAGUAAUAAAACACUAAAACUGCUAACAUUGUAAUUUCGCCAGUUUCUUUGUUGAGAGGUUCUCUUCAUUUGGUGUUAAAUACUGUUUUUCUAUGUUGUGUAAUGAUAUAAUAAAAAGGUGACAGCCUCCCCGUCGGGGAAUCGAACCCCGGUCUCCCGCGUGACAGGCGGGGAUACUCACCACUAUACU